AUGGAGUACGUCAACCAGCAUGUCGCCCACGAGGCCAGCAAGGGCCCAGAAGCCGCCUUCACCGGCAUCGUCACACCCCUCAACCUAAUCCUGGCCGCCAUUACUCUCUAUACGACCUACCUCCUGUACAAGCCCACACCGCCUGCGACGCUGCCUCGCGAGCCCCCAGCCACCGUCUUCAAGACCUUUACGCCUCACACCCUGCUGCCCAACAAUGGCACCAACGGCGCUCCCGUCUACCUGGCCGUCCGAGGCCGAGUCUUUGACGUCACGGCUGGACGCAACUUUUACGGACCGGGUGGUCCUUACGAGAACUUUGCUGGCCGCGACGCAAGCAGGGGAUUGGCUUGCCACAGCUUUGACGAGGAGAUGCUGACCAAGGACCUCGACGGCCCUCUGGACAAGCUGGACGGACUUGGCGAGGAGGAGUUUGAGAGCCUGCGGGGCUGGGAGGAGCGGUUUGAGAGCAAGUAUCUGGUUGUGGGCAAACUUGUGGCUGCUGGCGAGAAAUAG